CGAGUUAUCGUUCUUCCAUAGAAACGCAAAGCGUCGAUUAGACCGAAAUGUGAAAGAUAUAUUAAUGAUAUAUGAUUGAUAAUAGAAUUUCAUAGAAGUGACUGAGGAGAAAGUUGAAGGGAAAUGGCAGCCAUUCUGCGGAGUGCUGCGGCAAAUGUCGCUAACCGCGGCCAGCCGAGUACCUUUUACAACAAGGACAAAAACAACCCCGUGUUCCAAUCCCUGGAUCAAGAGAUCAAAAAGUUUAUGGGCUAUAUGAGGAAAAGAAAUGCACCCGGAUACAAAAAGCCAGACGAAGAACCUUCAUCAAGAGCAUCUGACACCUUGUUUGAGCUGUGGAACAAGUAUGAACCCAAGCUUCCCAAAGAGUACUACCAGAGCAAGCUGAUAGAAGUGGGAGACUUCCUUGUGUUAGUGAAGGAGUACAGUAUUGCCCUGUGGCAGUGCUAUGACAGAUACCUGAUGCACUUCGGUAACCUGAAUGUCGAGGAAAUCACUGAUGUUGAGGCCUUCAAGAAGAUCUUCUUUCCGGGAGGAUUUGAAUCCGAUAAUGCAGGCCUCACUUUCCGGGCCCUGAUGGGUAAGAGCAUCAGUAUGUACCAGAUGGUGAAGGCGGCCGACCCCAAGCUACAAAACAAGCAGUCGGUGGAGAGGUGUGUCCUCAUCCUGAAUUUCCUCCGUCUCGUCAUGCAGGUGGUGCUCCCCAAGGAGACCCUGUGCUGGCUCGUCUAUAAUGGUACGGUCCACAUCUACAGUAUUUCCCGCCAUCUGAUGUCACUCGGACACUCAGCAAGGACCCUGGAGUACCUGCUGUGGGCCAGUAUGUGCAUGGAGACCUCUGUCCCCCUCCUGGCCGUUAAGUACCUCCCCUGGAGGUCCACCCUUUACACCGCUGUCUGUCAGUGCUACUUCGACUGCAAGCAGUCCCAGCAUGCGGAGGCCUUUGCAAGAAGAGGGCUCGCCAAGAUCAAUGAGCUCAGUAACCUAGAGAACCUGAGUAGCUCCGUGGAAACGCCUCUCUCUGAGAUCACUUUCAGGACGGCCACAGUCAAGAUGGCUGUCAUGGUAUUCAAGAGAUCUGUGUACGAAACCAGGCGGAAACCGAAGGCUUUACUGAGACCCAAAACUCGAGCCAACCUGAAGGAAGCCUCCCAUCUGACCUGGCCCCGCACACCCUCGGAGAAGUUGAUGGCUGACAUGUUUGAGGGGAGCGCAGCCCAGUUCCUGUGUAUUCUGGAGAGUCUGACGGACACCAACCGCCGGAUCCUCCUGACUGCACCCCCCGCCUCCGACUCCGAGGUAGAGAUACUGGAUGUGUACGCCGAGCUGUUCAUGGCGGGACAGGAGAUCCUAGCAGGGGGCGGAGGUCACCGGGGGUCAUCCAUCAAGCCAACCAGUAGUGUCCACAUCCCGGCCCUGGCUGGAAUAAUGAAGGACGCCAGCAUCAUGGACAUGGCCUCCAAAGGUGAAGAUGGUUGUUCCAUUGAGGGAGCCAUCCGUCUGGUGAAGCUGGCCUACAGCUUUGAGCAGUGGGAAGUGUUUGACUCUCUGAUCGAGAAUGUACUCACUUACAUCAGGAUCUUGAAUGACAACAAAUUCAGCUGGGAUGAGAAAGCAUUAGAACUUCUGUUGGCCAUGGAGAAAGUCAACCCCAGCAGACGUCACAAGCGGAACAUGACGUCUGUUGUCGACGAUGUAGAGAAAGACGGAGCACAGACUGCGGAAACCAAAACAGCGCCGGAGUCGCAAGCAGCCACCUCUGCUAGGUCGUUCAAUGUAAGCGAUGAUCUAACACAAGUCGCGGAGGUUAUGAUGACCAUUGUCAACGGACCAUUUGUGCCCUCUAAGAUUGAGGUAGACAUGGUUGUAGAUGCCGCACUAUUUCUGUGGAGCAAAGCCAAAUCCAUGUUCCAGAAACACCAGUCCGGUUCAUCCGAAAACCCCAAGUACCUCCAGAAGAUGGAGAACCCAAACAAGUGGGUCUACAUCCUGGACGUGGUACACAAAGUCCUGUGUUGGUGUGGGAUCAGCAGCGUGGACCCCGCCCUCACCGCGGAGGUCGUCCUCAGGCUCGCCCUUGUGUUUGAGAGCAGCGCCCACAUGGACGAAGGAUUUUUGCGAUCUAAGUUAGUUACCCAGAGUUCCAAGUUUUCUCCGGACGAGGAGAGCACAAUGACGUCUUUCCGUUUGUCCAGCACGCGUGAGGGAACGUUCGCCCUGCGUGGUUCCAAGAUGUCCCUUGAUGAGGCCGCACAGGAAGGAAGCCAGCACCACCUGGUAUCACGCACAUCCAUGUUAUCCUCCUCCAUGUUGAAUGUCAACCCUCGCUUACAGCUGCUGCAGGCUCGCGAGAUCCUGGAACUUGGUCUCAAGAACGUGUCAUACGCUCGCCAGGCUGUCGCUCUUAGUGACGGCAAGUCCAUCGCUGACGUCAGUUGGGCCAAGUUAGAGGAGCAUCAAACGAUGCCUCCCAAGAGAGCUCCUACCAACCUGGAUCUCACUGAUGCUAAGAGCAUUACAAGUGACUUGUUAAGUCUGGAUAUACAGGAUGAGGUAUUCAGCCCAGAGCCCCAAUCCCAGAGGGACACAAACAGGACUGAGGGAGUCAAGUCAGCCGAGGAGGGGGAGGGAAAGCAAGAGGCCCCACCCCCGGAGGAGGGGGGCAAGGGGUCAGCCACUGCGGUGUGGAACACAAUCAAGGACCUCCACCUGGAGCUGAUCCUGAUGUACCAUCGCGUCUGUCUCAAGCUGGCCUCCAUGGGUCCGGACCCCGCGGAUAAUGUACCCAAACCGUUCAAGAGGAAGGACCUCUCUAGACAGGAGAGUGUGACGGAGUCGAGCCCGGCCUACAUUGAGGACUACAAGGAGUUACUGGGGGGCUGUAAGAAGAACUACCUGUCCAAGGCCCUCCUUUACAUGCAGAAAUCUCUCCUCCUCAGUACCCCGGGGAUCACCACCACAGAGCAGAAAGGCCUGCUGCAGGAGGCGGUCAACAUGAUCCAGAAAGGUCAGACAGAAGAGAAGAGGAUCUACAUGGAGAACACGAACGUCCCCGAGGUCGCUGACGGCCCCCGCAAGGUGCCCCCUCCCCCCAUACUGCUGUGUCGCACCGACACCAUGAUGGUCUUUAAGCCCGCCCCCUUCUGCUCUGAGGACGGACAGGAGGUUGCCUGGUAUCGGAUCUUUGCAAGGUCGUCCUCUGGCAGUAAUGUCAAGGUCAGGCUGAACGACUAUUACUUCCCCGGGACUGGAGAGGAGGUUCCCAGCUACAGAUGUGAACUUCGUGUGUCGGGACUUCAGCCAAACGAGCGUUAUGUGUUUGCAGUGGCUGCGUACAACUCAGAUGGUCAGCUGAUCGGGGGCGGGGUGGGGGAGAGCUCCAAACCUGUCCUAGCCUCCCACCCCCUCCCAGUACUCAUGACCUGGGGAUUCCUCAGUCAGAUAGCAUACCAGGUUGGUUGCUAUGACAUCGCCCGCCAGGCCUGUGAUGUCUUGUGGGGACACUUCAUUGCCAAACCCCCGGCUCCACAGACUGCGACCUUCACCUCUAAGUCAGAGGGAGCGUUCAAGGUCACUCUAAUGAAGUUGAACCAGAAGAUCGUGUGUGUGUCGUCCCCGGUCCUGCUGAGACAGUUUCUGACCAGUAUCUUCAUCAGCGUGGACAUGAGUGUGAAGGAGGGCGAACUGUUCUGUGAUGUGGUCUGUGACAAAGGACCCCUCCUGUCUGGACAGAUGAGGCGGCUCCGUGAAUGUGAGCGGAUGCUGGUGGCCCUGGAGUUGGCUGGGUGGCUGAAUGAGGCUAACCUGGCCCUGCAGGCGGUGGUGCAGUGUUACGGACUGCUGGCACCACUCAUCUUCUACAAGAUCCCCUCAGUGGCAGUGGUCCAGGUGUUACAACGGUGCCAUGUGGUGCUACAGGAGAUCCCGGCUGGCCUCAGACAGAAGAGACAGCAGAGUAUCGCGGACAGUCUCCACCACAUGACGGCCUGUAUCACAUACAGCAUGGCCAAGGUACUGAGGUCAUGGGGCCACAAACAGCUGGCCAACAACAUCAACGAGGCGGGGCGACGCCUACUGGCUCUGGAGGGGGAAGACCCCAAGGACAAGAAACACAGGGAGAAGGAGGCGACCGACCUCACAGAGAAAGGGGCCCUGUCCGGGGGAGAAACCUCGGCCGACGAAAAAACCGACGCCUCAGACUCAUUGCCACUGCACGCGCUCAAACGAAAGAGGGCCAAGCGAGCGGGGGUAGGGGCAGGAAAGGAGGAGCCAGAGGGUCCAGCCAAUGAGGAGCUGAAGGCUCUGGAGGCUCAUAUGCUGAGUCUGUCCAAGCAAGCCCAGUAUGAACAUGAGUUGUCUGGGUACGAGGAUCCCAGCAUCCUCCACGCCUACAUCGCGUACCUGCCCAGUAAACUGGCAUAUAGAGAGGUGGUCAAGUUCAAGCGUCGUCAGCGGUACCUGGAGUUCUUUGUGCAGGUGGCCCAGAAAGCCCUGACGGAGGGGAUGGCGACCCAGGUGAUGGACUGGUGUGAGGACACCUCAUCGUGGCUCACCAAGAGGAACGAGCAGAUCAUUGGGAUGCGACAGUACCUGGGGAAACAGCCGGGGGUGGUCACCGUAUCCGGGGACGACCCCAAGAGAUUCGCUGCUGCCAUGGUGGAGUACACGAAAGAAAAGGAAAUGACAACCCCUCGGGUUCCAGGAUCCAAAAUAGCUGCUGCCAAAUCUAGCACCACCAAACCAAGGCGCCGCCGACAGUACAGGCCUGUGAUGGUGAAUACCACAAUGACGGACGCUCAGCGCCACGCCCAGGAGGAGGCCGAACUCAAGGCCAUCGAGACGUUUUCCACCUACUUCCCGGACAUGUUUCGGCAGUGGCACAAAAAGAGGAAGCUCAGGAAGAUGACCGUCGAUGAGUUGCCAUGGCGAUGCCAGCUGGUGCUGCUCCAAGGAAUGAGUCAUUUUUCGGCAUUCCUACAAAGACUGGAAACUCGGGACAAAGUUCUGGGCACCUCAAACAUGUACAGGACAAACUUCCUUGAUGAGGAAUGGUUUGGGUAUGAGACAGCUGGUACCCUUGUUGUUGGUUGGGAAGGAGGACCAGCUAAGCCCGUGGAGCCUCGAGGUGGGAAGAGACUAGAGGAUGAGGAGGAGGCAGAGUUAGCCCGCCUCCACACCUCCAGACUGGACCCCCUGGACCUAGCGGAGCACGAGAGCCGCCCGAAAACCACGGCCACCGGGAUAGAGAUCGCCGCCGCCUUAGCUACAGGAGAGAUUCCAGAACAGCUGAUUGAAGGAGAUUCCCCCCAUUUGCCUGGUUCUCAGUCCCAGACUGAGAGGACAGAGGGUACCAGUACCCAGGGUACCAGUACAGAGGGUACCAGCCAAGAGGGCAGUGCUCCCCCUCCCAUGUACUUCUACCCCCCGGAGCAGGAGGAUACCCCUAGGACCUACCGUUCGGACGCCAGUAACGUCCCUGUGGCCCCCAAACACACCCAGAGGGAGAUGGACAGCGUCAUCAUAGCCUCCCGGGAAAUCACAGAGUGUCUGACCAAGACGUUCAGCCAUUACAAGAAAGCCAUUAUUUUGGCCCACAGAGGUCAGCACUGGACUUUGCUACAGAACUCAUGUCGCACCAUGUGGAACUGUGCCCACACUGCCCUGCUGCGGGCGAUCGGGCCAGAGGACGGACUACUCUCCAUAGACAACCUGCGAGCCAUUGUCUGGUUCCCGAUGUACACCGCCUCCGAUUGUCUGUUGGACAUGCUGGUCCAUCUACAGAGUGACCUAGAGAAACACGCCGAAAAGGCAAAGAGCAAGAACCGUAAGCUGGGAGAUUUAUUUGAGACGUGGACUGGUGACAUCACAGAGGAGAAGGGCGGGGCCAGUCUCAGGUUUGAGACCCCAUUGGACGAUUCCAGCGUGUGUGACAUUCGGUUUGUGUCUCGCUUUGUGCUGCGAGUCUUGGAGCUGUUGUUCUAUGAACAGAAGUGGGAGAAGCUGGUGGAUAUUGCCAUGAGGUUCAGUGGACUCACCAAUGACCGUUAUGCAGAGCAGGUGCUUCCAAUCCUCAUCCAGGCCCAGAGACAGAUAAUGGCCCUGCUGGAAGAGCUGGGGGGAGAGGCACCCCCACAGAAGCACUACUGUGAGCUGAUGCAAAGACUGGGGGGAGUGGUCACCUCCAAGGAGUACCUCCACACCCAGCUCACCCUGGUCAUCGACCCCCACUCCCUCCCCAAGAUACCCCCAGGGGCCGCCAUUGAUCCCAUUGGGCACGGAAUUUAUACAGUGAAGGACGGUCAGAAGUCGGUGUCCGUCCCACUGGAUGUCCCGCUCAGUCUCCAGACUCUGCGGGAAGUCCUGGAUAAGUCCCAGUACACCUGUCGGGCCCUCCACCACAGCCGGAAACUCCUGAUCCUCUAUCUGGCCGGACAGCAGAACACUGGAGAGGGCUUCCUGAGCCGCCAAGUGUCCAGGGUGGAGUUUAUCCCGACCACCGCCAAACCACAGCCCACUAUGCCCCCGGACAUCAGCCGCGACGAGUUCCAGGACAUGAAUGAUGUCCUAACGACUUGUAUGCCCCGGUCACAGUUAGGAACGGUGAUCUCAUCAUAUGAGAAAACCAUAGCCAUGCUGUUGGCCAAGAACCAGAGAAGUCAGGCAGCUCAAGCCAUGCAUGAACUGGGGAAUCUCCAGUACCACGCCUCAAACAUCAGGGGAGCGUACAAGUGGUGGGCGGAGUCACUGGACCACACCCUCCGCACGACGGACGCCCUGCACACCUGGAGAGAGAUGAUGAAGGACAGCACAGACAUCAGCUCCGACCUCCUGAAGAAGUGUGGGCUGUGGGGAUGUCUCCUUGGGGGCGUGCUGGCCUCCAACAUAGCACAGUACAUAUUGACCUCUGACCUGGGACUCCGAAUGGAGUGCUGUUUCCUGUCCGGAUAUUUCUUCAAGGCCCUGUUCCGUACCUCUCUGCCCCACCCCCGGGCGGACAGAGACUAUGCCCUGUAUGAGGUCGGUGAGGGGUGUGAGGUCACUAAUCUGGUUCCUGGGCUUGACUUGCUGUCAGAGAAGUUCCGCUGUGAUGGGAGACAGCUCAUUGCGGCCAUACGCUGGGUGACCGAAGAACUUGCCAGGGGCAAACACAACCUGUUUGUUUUGCCAUUGCUGACCUUGAACCAAUACUUAACAACCUUCGUGUGUCGUGACCUCCAGAGGUCAGUGGAUGGGCGUGUCCUGAAGGUCCGUGUGCUCACUGACCUGCGGCUGUUUAAUGAGGCCUUCAUCACACUCCAGCGACUUCUCCAUGGAGAGAGGCUUCCACAAACUGGCGACAGUCACUUCCGACAGACCGAGUCCAAGAUGAGCUCACUCAAGUUCAACACUUCCAAGCCGAUCACCGAGCCUGUCAAUCUCAGGGUUCUAGAGAUGGUCCUGGACAAGCGGUUAUCCUCCAGCCUGGCCACCCUGUAUGGGCCCCACAUGACCUGUCACCUGUCCCUCGUACAGGCCCACCUGUUUGUGUCCAUGGCCGACACCAUCCCUGUCAUCCCCAAAAUGGAGGAUGUCAUUUUGGCGGAUGGACAGAAGGACCUGAAGCCGUUCACCAUCAGUACCAUCUCCCGCGGGGGACUGGGAUCUAAGGGGGUGAAGCUGUCAGGGACCGGUAGUAGCGGGGCGCGGCGGUCCACUCGAUCCUCCACAGACACCAGAAAGGAGGAGGGAGGAGAAGAGGAGGAAGAGGAACAUCACAGUGGUCAUGUGACCAAGCGCUUCACCCAGAGUAAGAAGCCGCUGACCCUGGAGCUGAUCAAGGGGACGCUACUCACCAUGGCCGACCAGAUGGUGACCACUAUUGCGGAGGUCAUCCUCGAGAACGCCGAGCACGACAAAGCAGGUCUGGAUGCUCUCCCGGCGGCAGAGCUGGAGUUGGUCGUUCUGUGUAAACACCAGCAGGCUGCCAUCUCUCUACAGAAACAGCACGCUCCAAUGGCUGCCCGAAUCAUCCUGUCAGCCCUCAAACUGCUCAAGAAAUCGCAGCUCUUCAAACCCCGCAAGGAAGCCCCUAUAACCAAGAGAGAUGAAACGGUCGAUGUCAAGGGCAGACCAUCCUCUCUGAAAGGAGUGGGGCCCAAGAAGGACUCCCACACCAAUGUAAAGAUUGUCCACCCACAUAACAGUCAGUUCCAGUACCAGAACUUCCAGAGCCGGUCACGCUUGGACGCUCGGCUGUGGUUAGACUGUCGCCAAGCACUCGUCAAGUGUUUGAUGAUGGAGAUCCGAAGUCUGGGAGAGAUUAAGGAUCCUGAGACCAAAGUUCUCCAGGAGCUGGCUGACUGCCGCCAGUACUGUAUUGAGGGUCUGGGGGAGGCAGAGGCUUGCGGCGACAUAGAGAUGCAGGCCGAGUUCUUCCUCCAGGGGGCGGUCCUCAACAUCACCGAGGGAAAGAGUCUGGAGCACACCCUGUCCUUGCUGCAGGAUGCAAUUCAGCUGCUACAGAAGAUUCCCAAGCUGUCAAUCCCCGGGGAGCAGCUUCUGACCCGAGCCCUGGUCCUGAGGACCGACCUGGAGGCCAUCACCAGGGAGGAUGACACUGUGCUGUUCACAGAACGCACACUCGACCAGUACAUAGAGGCUCAGAACAUAGUACUCACUCAGUUGGAGCGACUAGGGGAGACCAUUGAGCACUACUACCCUGACCAGAUGGCUCAGUUCUCUGCCCCUGUGAGUCCCAUGAAGAACAUCUACCUCCCCCAGCUGUCACAGCUGGUCCAGAUCAAACUGAGGGUGGGGCACGCCAUCGGUAGGAACGCCGCCAAGUACAUCCGCAGCGGGUGUGACAAGGAUCCCGCCCAGCUGUGGACCGGAGCCCUGGGGGUGCUGAUGACCGCCAAGGAACUCUCCCAGGCCAUCAUCACCCGAGAGGCCAACCUCGAGGCUGAAAUACUGCUCAACCUAGGAAAGGUACAGCGUAUGUUGGUAUACCAUGGGAAGUUCCCACCCAGGAAAGCAGUGGAGACUCUGAUAGAGGCCAUCACCACCAGCUUUAACAAUGACCAUGACCUGGGACUGAUGAGACAGGCCUAUCUGGAGAUUGCCCUGGUGUAUCUACAGAGUUCUGGACUGAUUGCUCUGAAGGAGAACAAUGCCCUGGAGUUGGUGACAGAAACACAAGAUCCGGAGACAGCUAGUGCCAAAACAGACAGCUCCAGAAAAACCAAGUCCUGGAAGGAUUCUCCAUCUCCAGAGAAGAGUAAGAAGGACCGCCUGAGCAGUAGGACCAAGUCCAGUAAGAGUGACGAGGUGGGCGACCAGGAGAAGGAGCGCCGCGCGGCGUGGCUUGCCAUACGGAGUGCUGCCGCGGUGACGGAGGCCCAGAGAGCCAGGAUGUUGCUGACGGGAGACGUCAGCGUCACCUCACAAAAACUCACCGACUCCGCACAGGAAAACAUCCCUGACUUUGUGGCGCUUGAUCUUGUCAGUGCUUAUGUGUUAGGGGAAAAGAAGAAGGUUUAUAAAAAUGAGAUAGAGGAGGAGUUAGCUCCCCUGAUAGAAGCCCAGGAAGUAAAGAAAGUAGAAACAUACGAUGAACAGGUGAACCGCGCCAAGCAGGGUGCGCAGGACCUGGGCUGGAUCCACUUCCUAGGUUACCAGACAGUCUUACAGCGACUGUGUAGUACCUCCACAAUCUCAGCCUCCAGCAGUAAAUCUGACCCCAACCCCCAGGACAACGCUGACCCUGGUGACCUUGGGCCAGACUUUGACCUUGGGUUCAUCAGUCACGCCCAGUGUGACACCACAGUGAACCAUGAUGUGGUGCGCUCAAUGCUGUUUGGUGGGGUGUGGUCACGACGGACCGCCAAGCUCCACACCUACCUAGCAACCCAUCUACAGGUGUACAGUGACCGGUGCUGUGCUGUGUAUCCCCCCGCUGCUCUCAGCCUGCCCACUGUAGCCACUGUCAAGUUUGAUGGGAGUGUCUUGUACAAGUCAUACACCCAGAACCUCACCAUACCUGCAGAUCAGGAGGAGGCGAUACAGACAGCUGAUCAGGGUGCCAUCGGCAAGGCUCCGCCCCCUCCGGGCUCCAACCUGGAGCAGUACCGACCCCCUGACAAAAGCGUCACCACCCCCUCAGAAACAGAGGUCGCCAUCCAGUUCUACCAGCCGUCCCUCGAGGAGAAUGACCCCCAGAGACCUGAAGCUGUGGGCCCUGACUCCCGAAUCCUUCUUCUGUAUGCUUUGUCCAAUAAGAAGGUCAAUCAGCCAGGUCUGCAGUGGGUGACCUUGUCCCAGCUCAACGACCUUCACGACAGGUUAGCCUUGCUGGCUCAGAGAGCAGAGAUUUCACUGCAGGAGAAAGAGAAGAAGUCUCGCGACCCUGUGACCCCCUCCCCCACCCCCACUGCUAAAGUCAAGAAGACCCAGAGGAUCAAAGCACUGUCCCCGAAAGUCCAGAGGGAUGAACAACUUGAGGGUUUACUGAAGCAGUGUGUGGAUGAUGUGACCACCAUACUUGGUGUCCUUACAGACCAGGCGGAGACCGCCAGCACCGCCGGAGACAUUCCCUUUGAGGUCAGUAGACAGAACAUUCGGAAUCUGGAGGGGCUGUUUGACCCCGGAUUUGGAUUCAUUCUCCGCGGAACAGACAUGGUGACCUGGCUGGUUAAGCUGUUAGCACAGCAGUAGGAACCAGACAAAGGACCAAGGACCAGAUUAAUUAACAUUUAAUAAACAUAUUACACAGACCCGUACCAAAAUAUCUCUUAAAUAAAAAGUGGAUUACUAUUGUCAAAUUUGGGACUUUAAUCCAGGAAAAGAGUUGGAUUUAUUUCCAUAAAUAUCUGUAAAAGUGUACCCAUUCUUUGUAAGCAUAUCUUACGAUAAAUUUCGACCUAAUACUGAAAACUACAGAGACAUAUUUAUCAUGAUAAAUUAUAGAUAUUUGAAUUUUACAUAAGAAGUAUACAUUGUACUUCUAUACCAUAACUGUUAGCUUUGUGAAAAUGAGACUCCGUCCAAUGUUUAUUUCAUGGAAUUAUUUAGAACUAGUUUGAUUUAAUCUGUGAUAUUAAUAUUUUUUGUGUUUUAGAUUUAUAUAUCUUGUUUGAAGUUUUUCUUUAAAAUGUUGACAUGUUUUAUGUACAAGUAACUCUGACCUGUUCUUGUAUGUUUGAGUAUUCUGGAAGUAAGAGCACUAAAUAAAGCAUGUUUUAUGUACAAGUAACUCUGACCUGUUCUUGUAUGUUUGAGUAUUCUGGAAGUAAGAGCACUAAAUAAAGCAUGAUAUUCCACGA